AUGAAGCCAACCUCGGUAGCUGUGUGCGCUGCGGCUGCAGCCGCGGUAUUGGCAACCAGCGUCUACACCGCACCGCUCGAUGGCACGGAACCUCAACACCUCACUCCGCGAUACGUAGACGGCUUGGUCGCGCCCUCGGGCUACACCUACAGCUGGGUCGUCGGUGGUCGUCGUAUGGCUCUGGAUGCCAAGGGCGACAACACGUACCUUGCGCAUACCACCAUCUCUAAGGAUUCAGCCAGAACCACGCAGCAGAACGUCAAUGAUUGCAUUUCCGUCUGCGAAAAAACCGUGAGCUGUACCAUGGCGAGCGUGAUCCGAUUUAAGAAUUAUUCCGAGGGCAAUGUGAUUUGCGCUGUGUAUAGCGCCACUGCACCAGAGAGCAAGGCCAAGUAUACUACCGGACCUUUCUGGGGAUCCGGAGAGGUUCAGGCGAGCUAUACGUUUACGCGGAAUGCAGGGCAGGUCAAACGCGUCAGCAGUACCACUUCCAGGGCGGCGACUCAGACGACGACUACUUCGAGAGCUUCGUCUGCUUCUGCCACCGCUAGCGCAACCUCAAAGACUACUUUGAAUACUUUGGCUUCCUCGACCAGUGCAAGGUCCUCCACCUCGGCAGCCCCGACACCUUCUGCGGUUUACAACCAGUGGCAAUUUGUGGAUGUCCCCGGAACCACGUGUGCGGACGGCUCGUCUACCGGGAUGGCGAUCAACCUUCACGCUGGAUCCACGGACCUGAUCAUCGGGCUUCAAGAAGGUGGGUCGUGCUACGACUACAAGACGUGCUACGUCGACAAGCGCGCGUACUACAUGGAUUCCGGCUUCUCCAACUCGACGUUUUGGACCAAGAAUCAACCCUCGACGCUGAACAGGUGGUUCCCAUUCGCUCGCAAUAACGAGUACAAUCCCUGGAAAACGGCGAAUUACGCGUGGAUCCCGUACUGCACAGGCGACUUUCACGCCGGAAACAACGUGGUGCAGUACAAUGGAGUCAACACGCACCAUACCGGAUCCAAGAACGUCAAGUUGGAUAUGGCCAAGUUGAAGCAGGUGCUGCCUGGCGUGACGCGUGUCUGGAUCAGCGGCAGCAGUGCUGGUGCGUUUGGAAGCAUCUUGCAGUACCAGAAUGCGCAAGAUGCGUUCGGUGUGCGAAUCGACCUGCUGGCAGACAGCGGCGAGACUCCUCUACCGAUCACCAUCCAUCCAAGCCAGAAGAUUCAAACUCCGGACAAAUCGCGCUGUCCGAAUUGCAACGACAGUAACUUUGACUCGUACAUUGUCGGCUUAGCGCAGGCAAACACACGCGCCAGAUUCGCAAGCUUGAGCUGGUCCAUCGAUAACACGAUUCCCAGAAACCAGGGCGUCUCGAGCGACGACUUUGCCAAAGAGCUCGUCCGCCUGUUUGCACAACAGACUCAAAACACAACAAAUGCCAGGAACUUUAUGGUCCAGGGUAGCGGUCAUACCUUGCUGUACUCGACGCAGUACAAUGCCGCUGAUGGAUAUACCAUGGCGACGUUUUUGAACAAAUUCAAGACCGACGAUCCUGCGUGGUCCUCGCAUUGA